AUGCUACCACUACCUCUCAUCUCCUCGGCCUUUGAGCCACUCCAGGGGGCCACCAAGUUUUCGAAGCUGGAUGUACGGAACGCCUACCACCUGAUGCAGAUACGGGAGGGGGAUGAGUGGAAGACCAUCUUCAACACAGCCAGCGGCCACUACGAGUAUUUGGUCAUUCAAUUUGGCCUCACCACCACCCCUGCUGUAUUCCAAGCUCUGAACGUCACGAUGCUCUCAAACGCGACCAUUCUACUGUGGGUUGACUUCGACAGCCCCAAGGACGUUCUUAUCUUUAUUUUCCACAUUCUGUUCGCUACAAGUGCUAUUCUCAUCGCUGGCUCGGUAGUGAUCGCUAUCUUUAGCACGAGAUCUCUGCGAAUACAGAACCGGUUCAUAUUCAUGUUGAACACCAGCAUCAGUGACACACUGACUGGUUUUUCCAUUUAUUACCUCGGUCUCUUCGACGUUCAAGAAGGCUACCCAUCCAGGAAUGGAACGUUUUACAUUUUGCCUUCAUUCCUAGGGGUGAAUGUGCUCACAUUUUUGUUUGCGCAAUUUGACAGGUACUUUGCAGUGUGCCACCCCUUUUUAUACAAUCGCUUCAUGUCGCGUUCGUUUGUCAUUGGAAUUUGUGCGUUUUGUUGGAUUUACACCUAUUCCAUAUUAAUGGUGCAAAACAUGGUUCCCAUCUCAAAAGCUGCGCAGAUUAAUGCAUUCGGCGUUAUGACUUUGCAAAUAAUAGUUCUUACCAAGGUAUUGAUGACCAUCAAGUUGUACAUCAUAGCCAGAAACCAGCUAGGGCGAGAGGCACCCAGCACUGAGAGAGAUAACAAGAAAGAGUCUCUGCGCAUCAUAGUGUUUGUGGUCAUAUGCUUCUUAGCGUUAUGGGCUCCCUCCUUUGUCAAUAUCAUAGUGCGGCAGCUAACUUACCAUGGUCUGAAGUUUAGGAAUGAGGCAACAAAUCUGUUUGCCAUCUUGGCGAGAUUUAACGCAUUGGUCACACCAGCGUUGUACAUCUGGGGCAGCCCAGCGCUAAGCUGUGCGGUAUGGAGAACGGUGUGGAGGAGAGUGUGUCCCAAGAGGAAGGGAAGGUAG